CGUCAUUGCAGCCAGUCAAGGCCAAACUAGCUGAUCUCAGAGAGCCUGGGUGUCGAUGGGCUUGUGUUGACUUUUCUCCUACCUUGCCAAUGGCUCCCGCUAGUGCGCUGAUAAACAGGGGGACAUCUUAGUUAUAUGUUUUUUUUUUUCAAUUUCUUGCCAUUUUCCUGUUAAGUUUGGUUUGGUUGUGUGUGCCGGCCAUGACCGUGGAGCAGAAUGUCCUGCAGCAGCACUCUCAGAAGCACCAGCAGACACUUCUGAACCAGCUCCGAGAGGUCACCGGAACCACAGAUGUCCAGCUUUUACAGCAAGCUCUGCAGGUUAGUAAUGGGGACCUUGCAGAGGCGGUUGCCUUUUUGACAGAAAAGAGCACAAAGGUUCCCCAGCAGGAUGAAGCCACAUACUACCAGACUGCGCAGAUUGGAAAUGACAGAUACAUCAGUGUGGGCAGCCAGGCUGACACAAAUGUAAUUGAUCUGACUGGAGAUGACAAAGAUGACCUUCAGAGAGCAAUCGCUCUUAGCCUGGAGGAGUCCAACAGGGCCUUCAGGGAGACCGGAAUCACAGAUGAGGAGCAGGCCAUCAGCAGAGUUCUAGAGGCCAGCAUAGCAGAAAACAAGGCCAGCUUGAAGAGAACUCAUGCUGAGGUUUGGAGUGACUCCCCAAACCCCCACGACAGGAAGAGGCAGGAGAACUGUCCGGUUGGCCUGAAAAAUGUCGGGAACACAUGCUGGUUCAGUGCUGUCAUUCAGUCUCUGUUCAACCUCCUGGAGUUUCAGAGGCUUGUUCUACAUUACUCUCCCCCUGCCUGUGCUCAGGACUUGCCUCGCAAUCAGAAGGAGCGCAGGAAUUUGCCAUUCAUGCGUGAACUGAGACAUCUCUUCUCACUCAUGGUGGGAUCCAAAAGGAAAUAUGUUGAUCCUUCUCGGGCUGUGGAAAUCCUGAAAGAUGCCUUCAAGUCCACGGAUUCACAACAGCAAGAUGUGAGUGAGUUCACACACAAACUGCUGGACUGGUUGGAGGACGCUUUCCAGAUAAAAGCUGAGGAAGAGAGAACAAGAGAAGGAGAGAAGACAAAGAAUCCAAUGGUGGAGCUUUUUUAUGGUCGUUUUCUGGCAGUGGGUGUCCAUGAAGGGAAGAAGUUUGAGAACACAGAGAUGUUUGGCCAGUACCCUCUGCAGGUCAAUGGCUUUAAGGAUCUACACGAGUGCCUGGAGGCGGCCAUGAUUGAGGGGGAGAUAGAGUCUCUGCAUUCGGAGAACUCGGCAAAGUCCGGCCAGGAGCACUGGUUUACUGAACUUCCACCUGUUCUGACGUUUGAACUCUCCAGGUUUGAGUUCAAUCAAGCCUUAGGAAGGCCAGAGAAGAUACACCACAAACUUGAAUUUCCUGCAAUGCUUUAUAUGGAUAGGUAUAUGGAUAAGAACAGAGAAGUUACCAGAAUCAAACGUGAAGAAAUCAGACGGCUGAAGGAACAUCUGACAGUAUUGCAGCAGCGUUUGGAGAGGUAUCUGAGUUAUGGCUCUGGUCCUAAGCGAUUCCCCUUAGCCGAUGUCCUUCAGUAUGCUAUGGAGUUUGCUUCCAGUAAGCCUGUCUGUACCUCUCCUGUGGAAGACAUUGACACAACAGCGCCUCCUGGUGGCACAACUGCUCCACAGCCAGCUCCAAGCACAGCAGAUCAAGGCCCUUCCUGUUCCCCUGAAACACCUGCGACUCCCCCCUCUCAGCACAGGGUGCCAAUUCACAAGCCCUUCACGCAGUCCCGCAUCCCCCCAGACCUGCCCAUGCACCCCGCCCCCCGCCAUAUCACUGAAGAGGAGCUGCGGGUGCUGGAGAGCUGCCUGCAUCGCUGGAGGAGCGAGGUGGAGAAUGACACCAGGGAUCUCCAGGGAAGCAUUGCAAGGAUACAUCGAACUAUAGAGCUGAUGUACUCUGACAAGAGUAUGAUGCAAGUCCCUUAUCGAUUGCACGCAGUCCUGGUACAUGAGGGCCAGGCUAAUGCAGGACACUACUGGGCAUACAUCUACAACCCUCACCACCGGAGGUGGAUGAAGUACAACGACAUUUCCGUCACCAAAUCAUCCUGGGAGGAGCUCAUGCGGGAUUCAUUUGGGGGUUACAGGAAUGCCAGUGCUUACUGCCUGAUGUACAUCAAUGAUAAGAAGCCGUUUCUAAUUGAAGAGGAGUUUGACAAGGAGACAGGCCAGAUGUUGAGUGGGCUGGACAAGCUGCCCCCAGACCUGAAGGAAUACGUGAUGGAAGACAAUCAGCUGUUUGAGAAGGAGCUGGAGGAGUGGGACACGCAGCAGGCCAGGAAGGCACAGCAGGACAAGUUGGCGGCAGCAGCCUCCCAGGCAGUGUCCCGGGACCCCAGCCCUCCAGAAACCACAGCCCUACCCCAGGACCUAGAGUACAUGGAGCAGCCAUCUCCCGCUGACGACUCCAAGCGCCUGCAGGAGGACAUGGAGAGGGCCAUCUCACAGGCCGCCACCGAGCACGAGGAGCGCAGCCCCGAGGCCGUCCUGAAUGCACCUGCUAUUGAGACACCCACCCCACCCCUUCCCUCACAGCGUGUUGUAGAGGUGGCCAUACCUCACGUGGGGACCUUCGUCAUAGAGUCACAGGAGGGAGGGUAUGACGAUGAGGCCAUGCUCACUCCAACCAUGCAGGGUAUCAUUAUGGCCAUUGGCAAAGCCAGGAGUGUGUAUGACAGGUGUGGCCCUGAAGCUGCAUUCUUCAAGGCGAUCAAAUUGGAAUACGCCCGCCUGCUGCGGUUUGCACAGGAGGACACGCCACCGGAGGAUGAUUAUCGGCUGCGACACAUCAUUGUCUACUUCAUCCAGAACCAGGCCCCCAAGAAGAUCAUGGAGAGGACCCUCCUCAAACAGUUUGCCGACCGCAACCUGGGCUUUGACGAGAGAUGUAAGAACAUCAUGAGAGUUGCACGUGCAAAACUAGAACUUAUAAAGCCCGAUGAAGUGAAUAUGGAAGAAUACGAGAUGUGGCACCAGGACUACCGCAACUUCCGGGAAACAACCAUUUAUCUCAUGAUUGGCCUGGAGCUGUUUCAGAAGAAGUGCUACGUAGAAGCCUUGAUGUAUCUGAUCUACUCCUAUCAGUACAAUAAAGAGCUACUAUCAAAAGGUCCCUACAGAGGCCACGAUGAGGAGCUGAUAGCACAUUACAGGAGAGAGUGUCUACUGAAGCUGAAUGAACAUGCAGCAGUGCUGUUUGAGUCUGGGGAUGAGCAGGAGGUGAACAGCGGCCUGAGCAUCAUGAAUGAGCUGGUGGUGCCGUGUAUUCCCCUGCUGCUGGUGAAUGAGCAGGAGGAGAGGGACAUGGUGGCUGUGGAAGACAUGAGAAACCGCUGGUGUUCCUACCUGGGCCAGGAGAUGGAGCCCAGCCUCCAGGAGAAGCUCACGGACUUCCUCCCCAAGCUUUUGGACUGCUCCACUGAGAUCAGGAGCUUCCGUGAGCCACCAAAGCUGCCCUCCUACUCCACUCUUGAACUGUGUGAGCGAUUCAGCCGCGUCAUGUCCUCCCUGAGUCGGAUACCUGCUGAUGGGAGAUGAGCAGCACCACCUGCCCAAAACACUCAUCCACGGACCUCUCUUUUAACCCACGCCUUCCUUUAACCAAGGGUUGCUUUUCAGUUUCUUUUGGCUGCUAUAGGUUUUACUAUUAUUAUUAUUAUUAUUGUUUUUAAGGCAACUGCAACAGGACUGAACAAGCUGAAACCAGAGUCCAGUGACUGAGUGAUCCGGUGCAUGCUGCUCCAGCUUUCUGUAGACGGGUUGAAGGGUUUUUCCAUGUGCAAAUGAAAAGAAAGAGGCUGCUGCUCUGCCACCAAUCUGUUUCAGUAUUAUCAUGUUUUUAUUUCAAAUGGAAAAAACCCUCAAGAUUUAUCAAUGGCUUUAUAUCUAGAUGGGGUCCCUGCUGAUCAGACAACUACAGUUCAAUGGAAAGUGUUAGGUGCUGUGGCAUUGUGCCAGGGCGCAAUGUGGCUUGUGAAUGACCUGAAAGAAUAAAAUUUUAUUUAUGGCUCUUUUGGCCUGAUGAUAAUUUUUUGUUUUUCUUUUCAUCUUGUAUUUCCAAAACAUUUCCUGCAUUUUCUACUCUACUCUGCUGCGUCUACAUUUUCAACAUGGAGCUGAGCUGAGGUUUCCAUCUUCUUCUAUGAGCUGAGAAAUCCUGCUGAUUAAAAUGAUGAACAACAGUA